GACAGCACAGGCUGGAGAGGAGCCAGGGGCGCCUGAGAGCUGGAGGGGGAGAGACGGAGAGACUUUAGGAAAGAGGUGAUCUGAGCUCCGCAGGGCUGCAUGGCUCUGGGGACCCAAAGCAGGGAGCCAGGCUGCGCUCGGGGGUGUGGAAAGUGGCUCCUAUAACGGCUAAGGGAGAAGGCAGAAAGCAGCCGGUUCGUGGCUCCAGUUCUGCUGUUUCCGGCAGUAGAGACAACGGGUCGAAUCGCUGUGGAACACUGAGCAUCUUGGAGCGGAUCCAAGUCCAAAAAGACUCAACCAGCAACUUGGUGGGGGUGUUCAGAUGUCCAAGUUGGAUGGAUUUCCCUCCUCCUGCCCCUCCUAAGGUCCACACUGGUUUGGGGCCUGAUUCUGUCCCCCUUGCUCGCCCUGCAGGCAGGAUACUGAAGCGCUGAAUGGAGCCGCGAUGUGACCUACAUUUCCCAAGGAAGCAAGGCGCCCCCAGCCCCCGGAGCUUUCUCGGCGCCUGCACCAUGAAAUGAUGCAAGUGAAGCCUCUUCUGCCCCAGCAGGUGCCUCCUUAGCCAGGCUUCUCGCCCUGCCGCAUCACCUCGCGCCAUUCGCCGGGGACGGCAGGACAUGGCCGGCGCGGCACCAUGGGCCCGCUGGGGAGAGGUGGACCUUGGCCAUGGCUCUGGGCAGCGGCAGCACUGGGAGGAGGAGGUGGAGCAGGGGUCUGAGGGAUACAUGGAGGAGAAGGGAGUCGCUGGACUGGAUGAGAACGGACGGGUGGGUGGCGCUGGCCAUUGGGGUGAGUCCCCGGCCCAGGAGCUCACAGAACUGGAGUUCCUGGGAAACGUCAGGCUUCUGAAGGGGCCACCUUCCCCCAAGGGGCUCUUGGCCCAGAGUGACCGGAGCUUCGACCUUAGUGAACUGCAGGAGUUUGAGUGGAGCAGUGUCCAAGGAGACAAUGCCAGGAGCCCACCCGCUGAUGAUAGCGAGGAGCUAGAGCAUGAUGGGACACAGGAGGACUUAACCUCCCCAGCCCACUGGCACCCACAGAAAGACAGGCAGCUAGACAUGACUGAAGAGGAUGAGGACCGAGCCAGCUCAGGGGACAUGGAGAGACAGGAGGGGGACUGGGAGGCAGGGAGUGAAGGGGAGGGCUACCCGGAGCUCUCUUCCGAGGGCCAGUAUGGCUCAGAAUACAGCGCUAGCCCUGAUGCUCUGCGGGAUGCCCAGGCUCUGUACAGGGACUACGGCAAAUCCUUCAGCUUCACCACGGAUGGCGGAGAGGAGCUUUCGGGACACUCCGACGUCAGCCCGCCCCCCUCCAGCACCCUGAUGGAGCGCUCCCCCAAGCCAAGCCAGAGAACCGGAGCUGAUGCCUUUGAAAGCCGGAGCCGGCUCGGAGAGAGCCCGGAGUUCUCGUCUCCCUCAGGCGGACAGUUGGACAGCCCCAAGCUGAGCCCGCUGGCUGAUUUCCCCCACUGGAGCCUGAGCCAGAGCCUCCUGCACCACCUGUCUGUGGAAGAUCUUCAGAAUGCCCCGAGCAUCGACACAGAGACCUUCCCAGAACCCUCCUAUACUGAGAGCAUGGAGGACUCCUCCCGAACCAUCUCCAAGGCUACCUCUGCUGAUGGAGCGAGGGCAUCCCACCGCCGCCCUGUGCCUGCACCUCAGCCUUCGGAAAGCUCAAGGCUCAAGGCAACAAAGACUCCCCCUUCCCCAAGGCAGGCUGGCAGCCAGCGGCAGGAUAGGGCUCGGAAGCUGAAGAAGGCCAUUUCCCCAGCACUCCCUUCCAAGUUCAGCAGGCAGUCCAGGUCCCUGAGCCCUCGGGGGAACGCCGGUGAGCAGGCAGAGCGGUCUGGCUCACCCAAGUCAGGCCCCGCCAGGCCGUCCCUGGCCGCAGGCGAUGCCUCGCGAUACAGGCGAGGCCAGCUCAACUACCCGCUGCCGGAUUUGUCCAAGGUGGAGCCGCGGGUGAAGUUCCCAAAGGACGAUCAGAGUUACCGCCCUCCGCGGGGCAGGACUCUGCCCAUGAGGGCCAGGGGCUCAGCGAGCCCCGUGGUCUUCAAGUCUCCUGCAGAGAUCGUCCAGGAGGUGUUGCUGAGCAGCGCGGAGGGAUCCCCCCAAAAAUGCCCUAUCCCUUCCACCACCAUGGUGCCCGAGGAGUUCAAGUCCCCACAGCAAGCAACUGAGCUGGUGAAGCAGCUGCAGGAGAACUACCACGAACUGCUGACCAAGUACGCUGAGGCUGAGAACACCAUUGACCGCCUGCGGCUGAGAGCAAAGGUGAGCUUGUACGCCGACCUGCCAAAGCCCAGCCACAGCGUUCACAUAGGGACCGUGGCCCAUGGCUCCAAGGUCAUGGCUUUCAGCAUCCCACAGAUCCGGACAGCAGAAUUCAGCACCAACCCAGCUCCAGCCCUGCCGGCAGGUCUGGAUGAAGGGCCAUCGUCAGCACCAGGAGACCAGGCUCCAUCCUUUCCAGCUCAUUCUGCACUCACCGGUUUGGCUGGGGUUGACAGCAGCACCUCUCCGGAGAGACCAUUUCCAGAGGAUCCCCUGACACAGACUUUGGCGGGUCAGGCGAGGAAAUUUGAGAUGCAGGUGGAAUCCUUCAAGGGAUUGAUCCAAAUGGGAAGACUGACCCCGCAGGACCAGCUCUCGGCAUUUGCGAGGCUGAAGAAUACGCAGGAUGCUCUGGAGCGAGCGUAUCUGCAGGCCCGGGAAGAGUACCGCCUGCAGCAACAGCGCCCAGGCGCAGCAGGGCCCCUUGCGGACUUCGAUCCAGACAGAGCAGUGGAAGGGGAGAUAUUCUGCUUGGGAAUGCACUUGGAGGAGCUGAAGGAUGGGAUUGACCGAGCGCAGCAGAUCCUGCCCUCCCCGAGGAGUUGCUCUGAGCCAGCCUUGCCUCCCAGCUGUUUGCCAACCCUGGUCUCAGAGCCGCCACUCUCCUCCCCAAGGCCGUCAGUUCAAGCCCCGAUCCCAGCCCUCCGCACUCCCUACCCUGAGGCCCCUGUUCCAAAGCAUGCCCGCGCCCAGAUGCAAGUGGACGCAGAGGUGAGUUCUGCGAGUGGCGAGAUGGAGGAGGAGAGAGAAGAGCUUCCCGAGCCCCUUCGGCACAAGCAGCUUCAAGUGGAGAAGGACUUUGAUAACCUGCUGGACCAGUACAAUAGCUUCAAGUCCUUGCCUGAAUCUCUGAGCAUGGAACAGCUGGGCCUGGAGGAGAACGGCUCCCCACAGGAAGUGGAUGGCCCUGCUGCAGAGGAUGCUGGGACGGCUGAGAGCUCUCUCGGGAUGCUGUCAUUAAAGGAAGAGAGGACCCCUGUGACCGCUCGGCCGCAGCCCCCGGAGAGGAAGUCGCACACCCUGCAGCCAGGGGAACACCAGCAGCUGGUCAGGAAGAGCAGUCGCUUGUCCUCUGUCCAGGGCGAGGAGUCCCUCCCUCGGAACAUGGCUAUUAAAGCCAGGCCCCAGGACGCAAUCCCCAAGCCGUCCUUUGGGAGGCAGCAGGAGACACUAUCCCGCCAGAGCAGCAUGGCCAGCAUGGUGGGCAGCACCAUUUCUGAGCACCUUCCGCAGAAGCCUUUCCGUCAGGCAAAACCCUCACGGUCCGAGGAUCAACGCAUUGUGUCCUCCAGAGUACGGACGCGGGUUGUGGGGUCGGAGGCCAGCAGGGUGUCCCCGCUGACACGCACCCCAGAGCAUCGCCCCUCUCGCACUGCGACCCCCGGCCUGCUGGGAAGAUCUGGCCCCACAUCCAGCCCUGCUGCCCUUCGCACUUCCCUGCGGAAAGUGGCGGCCCCCCUGCCGUCGGAAAAGGAACUUCUGGACAUGUACACAUCCGCCAGCCAGGGGCCCCCCCGAGGCAGCGCCCAGAGACACAGCCUGCCCCGUGGCAGCCCCUCUCAAGCCAGCUCCCCUCCCCAGUGGGCAAACAGCAUCACCAGCGAGGUGGGACCAGACGCAGACAUCACUCACACGGACUCCGAGGCAGAGCAGGACAGCAGGGCCAGCACCUCUGAUCACCGUCCCAGCAAAACUAGAUGCCCACCCAGCUCCACCACCAGAUCGCCUUCCCCAGUCCGGGCUCACCACGGCCUCCUGGGCUCCCGCGUGGAACGAGACCAGGCCAUCCGGGCUCUGCAGGACGAGGUCACGCGGCUUCAGCAGUGGCUGGAGGAGAGUUUGCACCAAUCCCGCAGCUACCCAGAGGGAAAGUCAUCCCCGCGCACCAUUAGGAGCAGGAGGCAGCCCGAGUGGUACGGCCCCUCAGUCCGGAACUCAGGCCCCUUUGGGAGCGGGCCCGGCUCAUUUCACCCACGUGCAGAGUCCCCGGACAGCCAGGGCCACAGAAGCGAAUCCACAGAGAGGAGCCCAGGUGAGUUUGGGGAGCCAGCUCCAGUGAUCAAGCCUGCGAGGCGGGUGAGGUCGGCAUCGCUCCCUCGGGAUGGACCUGAACUGGAUCUCACUUCAGAUUCAGACUGCCCCCCGCCGCGGGCUCGGGAUGGGAAGCCCAGAACAAGCGUCUCCUCCAGGCAGAGCCCUGCGAGGACGCUGACAUUCAAGGGCCAUUACACAGGGACGCGCUACCACUUAUCUGCCCCCGUGUCCCCAGAACGGAGGGAAGACACGGGCCCCACUUCCUGCCUCCAUUGCCAAGGGACCAGGACACAAGCUGGCAAUGCAUCAGCAAGGGACACCUUGAGACCCACUCAGCAUAGCACUCCAAGGAAGACGCACUGUCCAAUCUGCAACGGGACCAGGAGCGCCCCAGUUUCUAAAACCAGGGACAAAGCAGCACAUGCAACAGGGCGCAGCACAGAGAGCUCCUCAUCUCAAGGCUCCGGCCGCCGUCACAAACCCGAGAAGCCGCAGCAGCAGCCUGGCCUGUGGUACCUGGCGGCCCCACCCCCUGGCACAACUGUCAACUAUAUCCCAACAGUGCCCCUGGUGCCUUACUCGCCCUCUGUACUCUACUGUUCUCCACCAGCACCUACCUCAGUCCCCGGCUCAGCUGGCCUGCCUGCCCAUUACUCCAGUGAGUACAGAGUGGCAGAGCUGAAGCCCUGGGCCACCCGGCAGCAAGCCCAUGGUCGCCACCACUCCCUGAUGCUUGACUUUGACGACCUGGAGGACCUCAACUGGUCCCUGAGCCGGGCCAUGGAAGCCGCCAAGAGCAUGACGUUCACCACCAAGCAAAUGAACAGGUUUCUGACCUCUGAACUGAGCAAGGCAAGGCACCUGAGGGGAUCCUGCCUCUUCUGACGGAACCUGGAGUCGGCAUCCUCUGGGGCCUGGCGAGGACAGUUUGAGCUGGCAGGCUGAGCCUCUCCAAACAUCUGGAGAUAAGCCCCCCGGCAUACGUCUGGGGAACUGAUUUGCCAAAGAAUGCCUAGACUGUCCCUCAGCUUCCCACUCCUUCCAGUGGGGCUGGAGAGCCGUCCUCCAGCACCUGAGGAGUGACAUACUGGAGUCUCCGCACGGGAUCCGCAGAGGAAGCUAAGCCUGCAGAGUCCUCUCUCCACCCUUCUCCAGAGCCACCUCAGCCCGCAUGUUACAGUUGCCUUAAGCCUCAAGCCUCUCUGCUCAGUGGGACCGGAGCUGCCGUUGCACUGGGGAUCUCACCUGCCCCUCUCUGCUUGGCCAGUAGCUUUCGGUUGUUGGUGGUUUUCUUAAAGGAUCAAAUGUUAAGAAGAAGGAAGAUGGUGAAAACCUCGGGACACGUGGCUAGGCAGAGAGCUGUCCUGGCCUCCCAGGGGCCUGAGACCCGCACUUUAGAAUCCCCCUGGCCUCGUCCCUAGAGAGCACCCUACUUUUAAGUAUUGUUUUAACUCCUCUUCUCCUUCUCCCCAUUGGCCAGCUUGGAGAUGGACACCGGCCAAUGGCUUACCAUUGCACUGUGAGAUCCCACCCCUUGUCCCUUGCAGAAAUUUCCACUUGGUCCUUACCCCACCUUGUGUUGCUAAAUCAAUCCAUUUCCACGUGGCUCUAUCCCAGUACACCACAUCACAGGGUUACCAAGGCACAGCCCAGCUGGGACAAGCUCUGUUUACAAGCUGAGCCUUUUCACGUAUCGCUCUUGUUUUGUGUAGGCCCUAUCAGAAUAAGGCUCCUCUUGCAGUAAAGGUUACCUCAGAGUGCUUGUGACGGACAGGAUACAUAUCUCUCUUUUUCUAUGUUCAUCUCAAAGGUGAAUGGAGGAGGAUCAGAUGUUUAUGUGGAAUUUUAUUGUUUUUCUACCAGGUUACUCCUGGCUGUUGUUGAAAAAAAUGAAGGACAUUCCCAUCAGGGCAAGCCCUGGUGCCAUCUUCACCAGACCAGGGGUUCAUCCAGCCCUGUCUGACCGGCUCCAAAGCUGCAAUCACAUGUCUAUAAACUCUUCAAAUGCCGUAGGGGGUGCAGUGCACAGCCCGGGAGGAAUCAGUCUUUGGGCAGCAGCAGGCAAAGGGUUAAAGGAACAUUGUCCAGAUAAGACAUGCCCAUCCCAGCAGUUUAGAUGAUUGGAGUGGAAACAAUUUUUAGCUGCUGCUUUGGUAAUUUUCACCAUAUCUGCUGUUUCUGGCUUUGCUGUGCGGGAAAGGAAGCACAAACAGUCAGUUUCAUUUUCUGUUUCUAAGGCCUGAUCCUGAGAAGCAUUGAGCACUCUUGCUUCUCCUUGAAUUUGGGAGAAGUCACAGGAGCUCAGCACUUCUUGAAGGUCAGUCGCGCCGAUUAGAUCCCCACACUGAUUCUCCUGGGCUAGCCCUGUGCUGGAGCUGGCCAAUGCUGCGUCAGUUUUUGGUUUAACCUUGUUUUCAUUGGCACUUAUUUUGAACUCUCACAACCAUUUCUGUGGAGAUGAAAACCCAAACCUGCAAUCAGAUCCACUAGGGUGCCGUCCCCUUCUCCUCUCCCCUCCCCCCCAGCCCUUGACAAGAGCUGAUAGAAAAAUAUGUAAGUGUCAUGCAAGUGUUCAUUUUCUCUACAUUUUUUAGUGAAAAAUGUCAACGUUUUCCCACUUUCCACUGGAAAAAAUCUACAGCCAGAAAUAUUUCAGUUUUUGGUUCUUCCCCCUUUCUUUCUCCUUCUUUCUAUGCUGCCACUGAAAAGCCAGAGGAGGAAGGAAAAAAGAAAGUAAGCACUAGAGGGAUCAAUAAUUGAAAAAUGUAAAGCAAAAAAAAAAAAUCUUGUUCCAAAGUUGGAAAAUUACAACUGCCACCACAACCACACAUCUGCAAAAAUGUUCAGGGUUUUUUUGGGGGGAAAGGUGAUUUUUUCAGUGGAAUAAAAAUUCAAAUGGAAAAAUUUCAGCAAUGCUGUUGACAUCAGUAAGAUUUUUGCAUGGAUGUAGGAGUCUGUCUUUCUGUCCACCUGUCUGUCCAUCCAUUCCCAUAAUAACCAUCUCUCUAUCUAUCUAUCUCUCUCUCUAUCAUCUGAUUUCAGGAUUGUCAUCUAGGUUUGUAAAUCCCCCCUUUAAAAAAAAAAGUUUUAACCAAAAUUGGACACUGUCCCUUUAAAACCACAGAUCUUUCUGCUAACUUAGGUUUCGGGUUUGGCUUAUAUCAAGCUGUUUGAUCCCCUUAAAGAAGCAUCUGUUUGCAUGUUGAUAUUUUUAAUGGAACAUUUCUCAUUGUGGUAGCUGGUGAGUGGCUAAAUCACUCUCUCUUCAGGUUUUGGUUGUGUGUGUCUUUGUGUGUGUGUAUGUGUAUGUAUAUAUAAUCAACAUAAUCCUUAGGGCAUUUCACUUUUUACAUGUAAUUUAUUGGUUUUUUUUUUUUUAAACUUCCUACUGUGUGUGUGCUAUUAAAUCUGCGAGGGGUAGUGAGCAACUUCCUCUCCAGCCUAUAAUGGUCCUUGUCUGUGCAAAUGGUGCAUGUGCACUGGGGCUGGGGUCAGAGGGUCACCAACCAAUCAAGCCUCCUUGGAAAAGGUAGGAACAGGCUCCCUCUACAAUGCAAUAGCAGCCAGUUGCUGAUCUGAUAAUAGGACUUGAUCAGGACUUUGCAGAAGGAGAAUAGAGCACAGGUACUGUUGAGGCUGUAUCCUGUUGCACAUUAGCAUGGAUCAAAGCACGUGUUUGGACAUAGGAGGAAAAAUCUCUGAAUGAAGGUACAUCCCGACAUUGCUCCCUAUGGUACGUCAUGCCGUCGAAAUUUAAAAUGGAGUAGAUUUAACUCUCAAAAGCUGUCCUAGCAGGGUCUUUCCCUUAUUCCAGCUUGGGUGGCUGUUUCGUGAACAGGUCAUUUAAACUCUCCCAGCAAAAGUGGUACUUACUCUAGUUUCCAAAUCAGCAGUGUAGGGAGAGUUUGACCAUCCCUUUAAACAGUGAACUGUCUGACCCUCAAGUGCCAUUUAAACCCCACGAGGGGAUGGAGCCUGGGCGUGGGAGUUAAGGUUGCUUGGGGCUUGUCCACACACAGAUGUUGCACUGGUUUAACAGCACAGAAUCAUAGAAGGUUGGAAGAGACCUCAGGAGGUCAUUUAGUCCAACCCCCUACUCAAAGCAGGACCAACACCCAUUAAAUCAUCCCAGCCAAGGCUUUAUCAAGCCGGGCCAUAAAAACCUCUAAGGAUGGAGAUUCCACCACCUCCCCAGGUAACCCAUUCCAGUGCUUCACCACUCCUAGUGAAAUAGUGUUUCCUAAUAUCCAACCUAGACCUCCCCCACUACAAUCUGAGGUCAUUGCUCCUUGUUCUGUCAUCUUCUACCACUGAGAACAGCCGAGCUACAUCCUCUUUGGAACCCCCUUUAGAUAAAACUAAGUAGCUAUGUGGACGCUCAUUGAUUUUAAACCUGGCUUGUAUUGGUAAAUUAGAGGUGCAAGGUAAAUCACAAUAAGCUGGAACCCAAUUAGAAAAGUGUGUGUAUGUAUGUGCACACUCUUGCCUUGGUUUAAAAUCACACCUUUAGUCAAACCUGUGCAGGCUUAUGUGCAGACAAGUUUUUCAACAGUGACUAGUGAUUUUUGGUGCCCAACCUGACACCCUUUAAAGACGGCUGAAUUUCAUAGGGUAGGUUAUCAGCACCUCCAAAAAUUCACCUUUCAGAUGGCUCAAGCUGGACAUCCCAAACUUAAGGCACUCCUAAGCUCGAGUCGCUUUUCAAAAUCUUGACCCAGGCCUUGGACUAUGUACUACAGCGUAUGGAAAAAGUCACCAUUUUGGCCUCCGUGAGAGAUGAUAACCUCGUCUUUCCACAUCUCCGCUCAGGGUCUGUACCACGCUCCAUGACACAUGUUUCGCCUGGCACAAAUGUAACUGUGCACAAGCCAUCUAUCAUCAGGCCAUAUCUCAAAAUCCCUGCUGAAGACCAACUCCCAUUGACUACAAUCGGAACACUCUUGGGGGUAGGGUGACCAGAUUUUAUAGGGACAGUCCCGAUAUUUGGGGCUUUGUCUUACGUAGAAGCCUAUUAUCCCCCACUCCCUGUCCCGAUUUUUGACACUUGCUGUCUGAUCACUCUACUUCAGAGGAAGGAUUAAUCUCUGAAAAAUCAUGAAGUAAAGGGUUUUGAGAAUUGAUCCUGAACUUGUGGCUUUGUUUAUAUGUAGGACCUACCCCAAAUGCCCCAUUUUAAAAAUUAUUUAUUGCUUGAUUUUUUUUUAGUAGUAUUAUAAUCCAAUUGUGGCUGUUUUUAAUGCACAAGGCAAGUUAUCAGGUCUCACUCUUUUUAGGGACCUCACAGAGCCACUGAAAUUAUGUCCCAACACAGACAGAGUCCUGGAACAAGGGGAAGUUCUGGUCGAUCCAUAAAGCUUCAGAGCUUGCAUAGUGAAACUCAUCUCAAACACCCGCUGACAAAAAAUGGAGUAGCUUAACAGAGCUAGUCUGAACUGAACUCUGUUCAGUGGGGGGUAUUUUGGGGGCAGUCUCUUAAAAUGUGUAUUUGUGUGAGAACCUCUGUCCAUAUAGACAAUGGAACCCACUGACAACAGCUUCGGCUAUAUAGUGAGGGUCAAAGAGAGGCCCCGUUUCCGUGCAGCGCACUGAGCAAUUCUCAUUGAAAUGUGAAAGCUUUGCUUAGAGUGAAGUAGUUCUGUGUGAGGUUUUUUUAAAAAAAAAAAAGAUUGCUAGAAGAGGCUUCCAUUUGACAGACCAAAUUCAGGCCUGGUUUUUAAGGGUGCAAUGCCAUUGACUUAUAGAGGAAUUGCACGGACAGCUUUGAAUUUUGCACAUGUACUUGUUUUCUUAUCGCAAAGCUGGUUGUACUGUGGCCAAGAGCCCCCAAGCUCUUGAAACCAGGACACUGUGAUUAAUGCAUCCUUGCUGGGAGAACACAAGACAUCCGGGUGUGUGUAUUUAAUUCUAGGAACUGCAAGAACAAGAAGUGACUGUUACGUUUUCAGCAUCUCCUGGUUUUGUAAUGAACUAGCAGAGCCAUUUGACAAUAUUUUGUAACGAGAUAAUUGCCUAUUUUUUAAUGAAAUAAAUUUGUUUGUUUUUCAAA